GGAACAGAAGUCCCAUUGCGCAGAAGUCGGAGGCUCGAAAUAAAAGGGCUUAAGCGCAAGCCGAUUACUUACAGAGAGAUAUUGGAAAGGCGCCAGAGAGCAGCACCACGUUUAGACCCAAAUGACCCUGAUGCGAUAAAAAAUAGGAAUGAGAACGUAGCCCAAUCUGCAUUACAACACUACAACACCAAACAUGGAACUGGUUUGGAGUUUGUGAGGUUUCUGAACGGAAUGUCUAUGACGGGACGUGGUUUUGCAAGGGGCUUUAUAGAGAGGCACUAUUACUGGAGGCAUUUGAACUUUGAGGCCAGGCGGCCGGAUGCUGGUCCCAAGGACGAACCACUUCUUUUGUUUGCCGAAGUAUAUUCAGGUAGAAAAGGGUGGGAGCUCAGUACAUUAUCACUUGUGGGACCUACAGAUGGAGAGUAUGGUUGUCAGCGUUGUCUUUCUUACGUAAAUCACCCGCGUCGUGGAUUUCGUGCUGGUUUUGACGCUACAGUGGAUAGCAAUCCUAAGUUACUGUCUUCAGAGACUGCUGCUAAAUUGGCUGAAUUCGCUUUACAGGAUUAUAUUGCGAAACAAACCGAGGAAAUAAGCUUGAAGUUUGAAAGGGCUGUUGAAGGCAAUGGUUUUACGAGCACAGGUCUAAUGAUGGACUUCACUGAAAAGAGAACACAUUGGGUGCAUUUGAACUUUGAGGCAAGGGUGGGCCCCAAGGAAGAAGAAGUGCUCCUUUUCUUCGCCGAACUCUAUUUAGAGGAUGGCAGUGAUGAUAAGUAUGUGCUUGCUACAUUCUCACCCGCUGAGGCCACUUGGAUGCAGAAGGUGAAGGUCGAAAUAG